GCGUCGUCAGGAUGCAAGUGCAGAGGCAACAUCCCCAGCGACAGGGCCACAGGAUUCCUGGCAGGAUGGGAUGGCACUCGCUGGUACUGCUCCCCUUCCUCCUGGCAACAGUUUCAGGCAACACAGUCCCCAUCUUCAACAUGAGCCUUGUUUACGUGCCUGAGGACCUGGAGUUGGGCCAGUUUGCUUUCCAGCUGAAGGCUUAUGACCUAGACAAGGAUGACAUCCUCACCUAUGGAAUCAGAGGGACAGAUUCCUUCUACUUCUCUGUCGAUCCCAGUUCAGGCAACGUGACGCUGAGGAAUUCCCUGGACCGCGAGCUCCAGGCCAGGCUCACCAUCACUGCCACAGUGUCUGAUGGUGUAAAUAAUGAGGUCUCCCAAAUACUCCCCAUCAUCGUGGAGGACCGUAAUGACAAUGCCCCGGUCUUCUGGAACGUGCCAUAUAAUGCCUUCAUCCCCGAGAACUCAACACUGCACAGCAUCAUCUACAACGUGUUUGCCAAUGACAGCGACACUGGGAACGCCUCCAGAGUCAGCUACAGCAUUGAGGAGGUGAUCCCAGACAGCACGGAGAAUCGCCAGCUCUUCUACAUCCUGCCCAAUGGGAGUGUGGUGCUCAAUGGUUCACUGGACUAUGCCAAGAACACCUUCUACCAGAUCAAGAUUCGUGCUGAGGAUGGUGGGGGAUUGCUGCACAACAAUUGGAUCGUCCAGCAGAGCUUCACCUAUCUGUCCCUGACCAUUGAAGACGUGCCCAACCUGGACCCGCGGUUCCUCAACGAGCCCUACUCAGGCUCUGUGCCUGAGAACUGCCCCCUGGGCACCAUUGUGCUGGCCGUCACCGCCUUGGACAGAGACACAGGGGUGAAUGAUGAGAUCUUCUACAGCAUCACCAAUUCCAGCGUCCCCUUUGCUAUCAAUGCCACAACGGGCACCAUCACUGUGAGUGAGCCCCUGGACCGGGAGCAGCUGCCAAGUGAGGAAGUGCUGCUGAACGUCACAGCACGUGAGAAGAACCUGGACAUCUACGGCAAGGUGGCCCAGACCAGUACCCUGGUGACAGUCACAGUGACUGAUAUCAAUGACAACAAGCCCCAGUUCUACAGCUGCUCCCUCUCCAGCUGCAACUUCUCUGCCAGUGUCCAGGACAACUUCAGAGGCAGCAUCAUAGAGCACUCCUCCACCAGGCUGCCUGUGUCCAACCUCAGCAUUGUUGCCCAUGACCCAGAUAAGGGCAUCAACAGCAGUUUUAAGCUGAGCCUACAGGGUCCAAAUGCCAGCGCCUUCGAUGUGUCCCCUGAAAUGAUCGUGGGCACAGGGGAGGUCCAGAUCCUGGUGCACGACCCAUCCUUAGUGGACUACGAGAUAAGCCAUGUCAUGGUGGUGCAGAUCAUUGCUAAUGACACGGGGAAUCCCACAGACUGCUGCUCCACAGCCAACGUGACCAUCGACCUUAUUGACACCAAUGACCACAUCCCCGAGUUCCCCCAGAGCACCUACAACCUGAGCGUGAUGGAGCACAGCCCUGAAGGCACCAUCAUCUCAACCAUCACGGCCUACGAUCCAGACAGCGGUGUGUGGGGUCAGAUCACCUAUCGGCUGCUCCCAGACGACAUCCUUAAAAUCUUCACGGUGGACACUGUGACUGGGACACUGCUGGUGAAGGAUGGGAAGUUGCUGGACCGGGAGACUCGCUCUGUCUACUAUGCCACCCUGCAGGCCAGGGAUGGGGGCGGCCAGGUGGGCACUACGGUGCUGGAGAUCACCUUGCUGGAUAUCAAUGACAUGGCACCCGUUAUCAUCGGCUCCUACUUCAUCUCAGUGGAAGAGGGGCAGAACAUCAGUACACAGAUCCAGGCCAUUGACAACGAUGAGCCUGGCAACCCCAACAGCGAAUUGGGCUUCAGGAUCUUGACAGGACCGUUCAGCAACAACUUUACCAUCGAUGCAGACACAGGUGAGAUGCACAGCAAGGAGCCGCUGGACCGCGAGGCUGUGGAAGAUGAGCGGGGACAGAUGGUGGUAACGGUGGAGGUGUAUGACCACGGUGUGCCGGAGCAGAGCACCUCAGUGAACGUCACCAUCACUGUGGGGGACCUGAAUGACAACGUUCCCAUGUUCCUCAACCAGUCCUAUGAGUUCUCAGUCUUUGAAGACUCUCCAGGGUCCUCCGUGGGUGAGGUGAAUGCCACAGAUGCCGACCGGACAGAGAUCAAUUCCCGCAUUUCAUUCCUACUUGAGAGGACCAGUGGCUCCAGCAACUUCUUGAUCCGCUCAUCCCGCCUGGGGCCAGGGAACUACAGCGGCGAUCUGUCCGUAGACCCUGACGUGCCCCUGGACUAUGACACCUUGCAGCAGAAGUUCUUCUCCUUGGAAGUAGUGGCAGAGAACACGGCUGCAGACAACGUAGGAGACAAGGCCAACGUCUCGGUGGUGGUCCACAUCCUAGACGUCAAUGACGAGUCCCCCACCGUCCUGCCAGACUCACUACAGGACGUGACCGUGUCCGAGAACGGGACGCAGCUGGGUGUGGUCCACACACUGAACGCCUCCGACCCAGACACCAACCACUCACUGGUCUUCGAGGGGCUGGCAGUCGCCUGCUUCAAGGGUGACAGCAGUGCUGGGGAUGUGUGCAGGGACUGGUUUGUGCUGGCACCCAACGGCUCACUGCUGGUGAACAGCUCGGACAUCGAUUACGAGGUGUGUGACAGAGUCCUGCUCACACUGCGGGCUGAGGACCUGUACACUGAGAAGGGCAACCGCUACAGCCAGAACGAAACCCUGAGGAUCCUCAUUGCUGAUGUGAAUGACAACGCACCGGCCUUCCAGGCCAUCUCAGAGACCUUUGUGGUUGUUCCUGAAAUCUCCCCUGUGGGCCUGCAAGUGGCUACCGUGAAGGCCACAGACGCUGACUCAGGGCUGGGGGGAGCCAUCACCUUCUCAAUUGUCAGCGUGGUGUUCUUGGAGGACAACGGGGUCAGCCGGCCCUUUGAAAACCUCUUCAUGGUGGACGCAAUGCUCGACCAGGGGGUUUACAUUGGGAGCAUCAAGGUGGCCAGCAACCUCGAUGAGUCGCUGAAGGGGCAGUACCAGGUGACGGUGGAGGCUCGGGACGGCGAGGCACCGGUGCACUCAGCACAGACUGUGCUGAAUAUCUUCACAGUGGACAAUUCCUACCGCGUUCGCCUCCAGUUCUUGUCAACGGUGGAAGAAGUCCAGAGUAACUCCGAAAGUAUCAAAUUGGCCCUGACCAGCGUGACCAAAGCAGCAGUUUAUGUGGUGGCAAUCCGAACCAUGGAGAGCACCCGUGACACCAGGGAAGCCAAAUCAGUGAUGGAGGCGUACUUCGUGUACAGCAAUGGCACUGCCCUGGAUAUCAACCAGCUGAUCACACUCAUUCAGUCCGACCCACUGGGCUUGGCUGAGCUGGUGAAACUGGGCCUUGCUGUUAUCGGCCCCGGGGAGGUGACAAACCCCACCAGGGAGACGGAGUUGAUCGGCAUCAUCGCAGGGUUGGCAGCAUUCCUGCUCAUCUUCAUACUCAUCAUGACCCUCGUCUUGGUUCUCACCACCAGGAGCUACAAGAGGAAGCUGAGUGCGAUGAAGGCUCUGAAGGUGGCCACCACGUUCAAUCCUGCCACAGCACAGCAGGGAGCAGGCAUUCCUGGGACCAACCAGUAUAAUGCUGAGGGGGCCAACCCCAUACUGAACCACCCACUUGAUCCCUCACACGACCUGGGCUUCCAUGAGGACUCCAUCUCUGUGACCAGCAUGAAUUCCCUGGAUGAAAACACAGUAAAUGCACCCGCGGAUGAUGACUUUGAGGUCAAGGUCAAAGUGCGGCCAACAGACCCCACUGACAAGGAGGUGCUGGUGGCUGCCCUGAACCUGAAGGAGCCCACCGAAGCAGUGUACAUCAACACCACCUUCACCACCACGGACUUGUGAGCGGGCUCACAGGGUGCAGCAGGGCUGGAGCGGGACUCAGGCAGCUGCUUUGGUGAUGAUGUGUUCAGUGUCUGGCAAUAAACCUGUUCCAGAGA